AUGCGGCCGACAUCUCGCUGGUUAAACCUUCUCGUAUAUUUAUUCAUUAUUGCCUGUUUGGUACUGUAUUUCAAGAACGGGUACAGUAGUCUGAGUUAUGGUAAGUCUAUUUUUCUAGGCUUGCAAUUUGAUGAAUUUUGAUACCAAACAAGGCUAGGCUCAAAAAAGUGUGCCGCAACUUGCAAAAGUGGGCGUGGCUUAAUUUUCCACGUCACAAAAUCCAUAGAAUCCUGUAGAUCUUGAAAUUUCAAGAUUUUUGAUAUCAAAAAAUUAUAGGUUGAAAAAAACCAUGCCGCAAUCUUGAAGCCACGCCCCUUUUUGCAAGCCUGGCACAGUUUUUUUCGUGUUUGGUGUCUAAAAAUGCGCAUUUUCAGGUCCCGACACGAAAUCCAACGUCCUGCUACCGUACUCCCAAGACCAGAAAAAAGUGUUGAUCUACGCGGCCACCAAAUUCUUCACAGAACCAAUAACUUCUCAACGAUUUUUGGCGCAUUGCCCGGAAAAACGGGAAUUUUGUCGGAUUUCGGAGGAUUUCCAGCAUUUUUCGAAAGCCGAUGCGGUCGUUUUUCAUAACGCUGACUAUAAUCAGGAGGUGAGAAAAACUGUGCCGGGCUUGCAGAAAUGGGCGUGGCCUAAAAUUUCAGGUUUUGAAAUUUGAUGCAUUUUGACACCAAACAAGCCUAGGUUUCCUGAAUGAAAUGAAAAAAAAACCGUGCCAGGCUUGCAGAAAGGGGCGUGGCUUCAAGUUUCUUGGAAAUCUAGGCUUGUUUGGUAUCAAAAAUCAAGAAAUUUUGGGAAGAAUUUAGGCCACGCCCUUUUUUUGCAAUUUGCGGCAUGGAUUUGGCUAUAGUAACCCAGAUUUUUAUAGGCGCAGAUCAAUGUUUUGAGCCACCGUAACCCAAAAAUACCGUAUGUUUUAUGGUCCUUGGAAUCACCGAGCAAUGAUGUUUUUCGACCCGGGAAAGGUGGGAAAUUUGAAAAAAAAUUUCAAAAAAUUCCAGAUUUUUUCAGACAUUAUAAAUUGGACAAUGACUUAUAGAACUGAUGCUGAUAUUUGGGCUCCCUAUGGACACAUUGAGAAAAAAUCGGAUUCUUCUACUGAAAAAAGGUUGACUGAAAUUUUUUUGCGGAAAAAAAUUUAUAAUAUUUUUUUUUCUUUAGAAAUGGAUCUGGAAGCAAUUUGGAGCUCGAAAACUUUGAAAAAAACAACAUUUUUGGUUUCGAAUUGUUUUGCGAGAAAUCGACGGAUGGAAAUUGUGAAAAAUAUGAAAAAUAAUGGAAUGGAGGUGAGUUAUGACGUGGCAUUUUGAGAAAUUUUUGAAGUACAGACAAAAACUUAUUAAAUAAUAUCCAAAUCCGAAAAAAUUCAUAAAAAUUUUGAAACAGUGAAUUUUUUGUUUUGAAAAAAUGUGAACUUGAAUAAUUUCGAACUGAAAAUUUUGAUGGAAAUUUUCAAUUAAAAUUUUGAAUGAGUUUUUUGAGAAAAAUUAUAUUUUAAAAAAAUCUAGAAAAUUCAGAUUUUCUUCAGAAAAGUUAAAUUUGUUCUCUUUAAGAAAUUCACUGCUUCAAAAAAUUUUUACAAACAAUUAUUCGAGAUUUCACCAAAACUUCUCAAAAUUUUGAAACAGUGAAUUUUUUUUGAGAAAAAAUAUUGAAAACUCUAGAAAAAAAUGCUGUUUUUUUCGGAAAAUUAGAAAAAAUCAAUUUUUCCACUGAAAAAAUUAACUGUUUCAAAAUUUUCACAAUUUAUUUUACAUAGUCAUAGGUAUAUUUUAACGUCGAAUUUUUAAACCUCAAAAACUUCUAAAAAUUUUGAAACAGUCAAAUUUUUUUGAAAGAAUAAUAUUUAAAAAAAAAACCUAGAAAAUUCAGAUUUUCUGCAGAAAAGUUCAAUUUUUUCUCGUUAAGAAAUUCACCGCUUUAAGAAUUGUCUACAAACAAUUAUCCGAGAUUUCACCAACACUUCUCAAAAUUUUGAAACAGUGAAUUUUUUUUCGAAAAAAAAAAUGUUUUCAGCAAAAAAUCUAGUUUUCGGAGAGAAAAUGAAAACUUUUCUCUGAAAAAAAUUACUGUUUCAAAAUUUUCACAUAAUUUUUUUCGAGAAACGGAAUUUUGUUAAUUUUCCGUUAUCUGAAUACGUAUUGCAAAAAAUUUCAAAACUUCUACAAAAAAACUUUGAAACAAAAAUUCACUGUUUCAAAAUUUUCACAAAUUAUUUUACAUAUAGGUGAAAAUGAUUCAGGAUCAAAUUUUUGAAUCUCAAAAACUUCUAUAAAUUUUGAAACAGUCAAUUUUUUUUGAGAAAAAAUAUUGAAAACUCUAAAAAAAAAUGCAGUUUUUUUUCGGAAAAAUUAGAAAAAAUCAAAUUUUCCACUGAAAAAAUUAACUGUUUCAAAAUUUUCACAUAAUUUUUUACGAGAAAAUAUUUUAUUUAUUUUCCGUUAUGGGGCUAUUCAUGUAUUUUCUCAGCAUGUUGAGCAAACAGGAGAAAUGCGGAGGAAAUACAUUUUCUCCGCUUUUUUCGUAUUUUCUCAGCCUACCUGAAUAGGUUUUCUCCGCUUUUCUCCCGUUUUCUCAGCGUUGAAAAAUAACAUGAAUAGCCCCAUUAUGAAAACGUAUUGCGAAAAUUUCAAAACUUUUACAUAAAAACUUUGAAACAAAUUCACUGCGAUGUUUUAGCAUCGAAUUUUUGAACCUCAAAAACUUCUAUAAAUUUUGAAACAGUCAACUUUUCCAAGAAAAAAUAUUGAAAACCCUAGCAAAUUCAGUUUUUCUUCAGAAAAAAUCAAUUUUUCCACUGAAAAAAUUAACUGUUUCAAAAUUUUCACAAAUUAUUUUACAUAGUCAUAGGUAACAAUAUUUUAUAACCGAAUUGUUGAACCUCAAAAACUUCUAUAAAUUUUAAAGCAGUCAAAAAAAUAUUGAAAACUCUUUAAAAAAAUGCAGUUUUUUUUCAGAAAAAAUCAAUUUUUGCACUGAAAAAAUUCACUGCUUCAAAAUUUUCCCAAAUGUUUCACAAUCAAAAUAAUUCAAAAUAAUUUCUCCCGCCAAAACCUACAGUACCUUAGUUUUCCAGAUCGAUAUUUGGGGUUCAUGUGGUUCACCACCGCCAAAAUGCAAUGGUGUCAAUAAACAAGGUGAUAAUUGUGUUGUUGAAUUAAUCAGGUAAGAAAAAACCAUGCCGCAAAACUGCAGAAAAGGGGCGUGGCCUAAAUUUCCGCGCUAAAAUUUAAAAUUCAAAAAAUUUUGCAGACCCUAUCUAUUCUACAUUUCCAUCGAAAAUUCGAAUUGCAAAGAUUAUGUGACGGAAAAAUUUUGGCAAUCUUUGGGUGAAAGAAUGGUUGUGCCGAUUGUUUUGACAAGGAAAUAUUAUCGAGAUUUGGGGGUGAGUGAGAGAAGAAAACUGUGCGAGACUUGCAAAAAUGGGCGGGGCUUAAAAUUUGGAGCUUUUUGACACCAAAUAAGCUUGUUCGAUAUCAAAAUUCUUGGAAUUUUCAGCUUAUAAAUUAGGCCACGCCCACUUUUUUCUAGGCCUACUCUUAUCAAAAAAUCCGAUCUUUCCUUUCCAGGUCCCAGAUUCAGCCUAUAUUUCCGUUGAUGAUUUUUCGAAUAUUUCCGAACUCGUUGCUCAUAUUAAAGAAUUAUCAGAGAACAAAGAACUCUAUUUAAAAUACCACGAAUGGCGAAAAACGUGGCGAAUUGUGAUUGGCGAAGGAUUUUCGGGAUUUUGUCGAUUGUGUGAUAAAUUGCAAAAUGCGCCUGAAAAAUGGCCGGAAAAAAACUAUGGAAAUCCGGCGGCUUGGCAUCAAAUUGGUGGAAAUUGUCAGAAUUCGAUUGGUGAUAAGUUUAUUGUUUAG